GAGUGCGACGGUCCGUGCGCGCGUGGCUUUUUCGGCGUCGACGCGCCUCCGCGCCAGAUCCGAACGAUGCCGGCGAUCUUCAAGAAGUACCUCGGCGGCGAGAGCAACGUACGAGGCAAACCACCCAGAGCGUUACGUAGUGUCGAGCGGCUGAAUAAGGGAAGUGACGUGCUUAGCCUCAAUGACGACGACACAUCACAACAACAACCCACCCUGGCCUUGAUGCGCCGCAUCCUCGCCGAUGCACAGGCGAAGCUGCGCGUGAUGGUGGAGGAGAACACAGGCGCGAGCCUGCGGCUCGACUCCGGCCUCGAGCUGGACAAGUCGAGCCGCGGUUGCGGCGGCCAGGCGGCAGCCGGCAGCAACAACAACAACAACCACCACCACCACCACCACCACCACCAGCACGGCGGCAGCAGCGAGCGCUGCAACAGCAGCAGCGCCAGCAGCACCAGCAGCGCCAGCACCACCGGCGGCACCACCACCCCGUCGAGCAGCGGCAGCGGAGCCCCGUGCAACGUCAACAACUCGUCCAGUCCGGCGAGCGGACCCGACGCACUGCCCAGUCCGCACAAUCUCGCGCAAGCCGACGACCUCGUCGGCAAGCGGCUCAGCACCGGAAGCAGUCCGGUCGACAAGAGGAGCUCGUUGAGCGACAAGAGCGUCAGUCCCGUCGACAAGAGGUGCAGUCCCAUCGACAGGAAGGAUGCCUGCAGUCCGACUGAUCGACGGCCUAGUCCCAUCGGCGAACAGCGGCGAAACGGUUCGCCGGCGAGCCCCGGCGAGAAAGCGGCAGCGACGAACGGGCGCAGGCCGUGCGCCCCGGCCCUGGAGAAGACGCGACUGGGCGGCUCGGGGGGCAGCUGCGACUCGCGGUCCGACAGCGCCAGCCCCGUGGGCACGCGCAGCUUCUUCCAGCGCGGCGCCAGCGAACGCUCCAGUCACGAGCGGCUCAGGAUCACGGCCGCGCGCAGCCUGCUCGAGUCGGCGGCCAGGUCCAAGGACGGAGACGACUCCAAGGACUUCCUCGACGGGGACGCGCGCACCGACGAGGACAACGAGCCACCCGGGCCCGCGCCCAGCAGUCGGCCCCACUCGCCGGGCAAUCCACUCGGCAUCGGCGACCCGCUGGUAGCGUCGCGCCUGUCGAACCUGCACGGCGGCGGCCACGUCGAGGUGGCCUUGACCCGUCGGCUGCGCUUGGAGAACGACCGCCUGGUAGCCGAGGUGGCGCGGCUGCGUCGGCUGCUGCUGAGCGGCGCGUCGCGGGGCGAGGUCGGCGCGGACGAGGCGGGCAUCGAGGACGAGGCGCGUUGCGUCGCCCUCGAGAUGGAGCUGCAGCACGUGCGCGAGCAGGUGCACAGCCUCAAGGCCGAUCGCAAGAGACUCCGCGCGGAGAAAUUCGAUCUGCUCAAUCAGAUGAAGGCACUCUACGGCACCCUCGAAGACAAGGAGAGAGAACUGAGGGAUUUCAUCAGGAAUUACGAGCAGCGAAUGCGAGAAAACGAAGCUAGUCUGGGCAGGAUGCAACAGCCAGGAGCGAAUGCUGAAGAACGCGAGAUAGAACGGGAACGAGAGCGCUGGAGCUUGAUAAGAGCAGCCCGCGACGAAGCCGACCGCAGCCUCGCUCUCGCGGCGAACCUCGCCGACAAGGAAGCCGCACUGGCUCACGCGCACGCCACUAUAAAAGAGCUGCAACGUCAACUGACCGAGCGCGGCGUCUGCUUGAGCGACCAGGAGUCGCUGGUGUCUUUCCCGCGCGGCAGCGUGAACGGCGCAGCGACUCCGGGCGCGGGAAGCAGCAGCGGCGUAUUGCUCGGCCACCUCGGCUCGUCGUCGUCGCAGGCGGCGCACGGCGGCUCGUCCAACGAGCUCGUCGUCGGAAGCGCCGUGCCGCUGAGCGCGAGCAACGCGAAUGCGGGUCAAGCCGGGGACAGAGGCAGCUGCAGCGCCGACAGCGGGGUCAGAGGCUCCAGCGACCGAGAGAGCGGCGGGGCAACCAGCAUUGGCGGUAAUCUGUCGGAUUCGACGACCGAUGCAACGACACCAAAGGACUGCAGCCCAACGCUGUCGCCACUGAACGCGUUCUCGCGUUCGAUGGACAACUCGUCGCUGUCGCGCUCGGUCGAGCAGCUUUCCAGUCCUUUGGACGCCGAGCCAAAGAGGAACAAGCUAUUGCUCGGACAGCAGUCCUCGCAUCCGACCCCGCUCAUACCUCAGACCGUGCACUCGAGGUCUUCCGCUACGAGAGGUGGCACCUGGGGAUCUAUAUCCAGGGUGUUCGCGCGCUCCCGGCACCGGAAGGCGACGAGCAGUUCCGGCAUGUUGACUGGCGGCGCCGGUGGCAGCGAGUCCGCAGCCGAGGCGUUCGAUCCCUAUCGCUCUUGGUCGCCCCUCACCGAGGAGGGCUACGCCGAGAAGCUGCGACUGCUCAGGGAAGCCGCCUCUGUGCCCAUGGAGCGCUGGAGAGCUCCCACUGUUCUGGCUUGGCUCGAGGUCGCGCUUGGCAUGCCUCAGUACGGGCCGAAGUGCGCCGAGAACGUCAAGUCCGGCAAGGUGCUGCUGGAGCUGAGCGACGCAGAACUGGAGGCCGGCCUCGGCGUGACGCACCCGCUGCACCGCAAGAAGCUGCGACUGGCGAUCGAGGAGCAUCGCCAUCCGAACCUCGUGCGCUAUCCGUGCAUGGCGCAACUGGGUCACACGUGGGUCAGCAGCGAGUGGCUGCCAGACUUGGGGCUGGCCCAGUAUGCCGAGAGCUUCGCCACGAACAUGGUCGACGCGCGCAUGCUCGAUCAGCUGAGCAAAAAGGAGCUGGAGAAGUUGCUCGGAGUUACCAGGAAGUUCCAUCAGGCCAGCAUCGUGCACGGAGUCAAUUUGCUUAGAAUGAUCAACUAUGAUCGCCAGGCACUCGCCGUCAGAAGACACAGUUGUGAAAACGUGGAUGCGGACCCCCUUGUCUGGACCAAUCAGAGGCUUAUUAAGUGGGCGAGGAAUAUCGAUCUCGGUGAAUAUGCUGAUAACUUGAAAGAUUCAGGAGUCCACGGGGCCUUGGUGGUCCUCGAACCAUCGUUCACAGGCGACACGAUGGCGACGGCGCUGGGAAUACCACCGGCCAAACACAUGAUCCGUCGACACUUGACCGCGGAAUUCGAGUCCAUAAUACUGCCGGCAAGAGGUCAGCUGGAGGUGGUGCCACGCAACGGAGGUCCAGCCAGGCCGAUGAGCAGCCUCGUGGCCGGGGGCAGCCUUGGGCGUGGGAGUAGGACUCACGCGCAGCAGCAGCAGCAGCAGCCGUCGACUCUGCUCGCUGGACCUAUGUACCCCCCACUGAACCAGGGCAUCACGACCAUCGAUCGACGACGCUCCAGUCUCAGGGGAUCCCUGAGUAGAGCUUUAGGUCUGCGGCCCCGCAGCGAGAAGGCCUCGCCGUCAUCGUCGUCGGACACGGGCAGCCACGCCAGUCAGACCUACAUGAGCAGCUUGCACGGGAACUCGCCGCCGCCGCCGCAGCUGCCGCCGCGACCGGCCACGAUAUCCGGCAGCACGAAGCGCCACCGGCGCGUCAAGAGCAUCGGCGACAUCGACUACGCGAGCAACGCGGUCGUGAGCACGCCGGUCUGACAAGAAGCCAGGCCCCAGCCUUCGGGCCACUCGGGGCCUUACCGCAGCCUGAGCGAGCGCGGCUACUCCUCGUCGUCGUCCACCUACUACGGUUCUUAUUACGGCAACGCCAGCCAGCCGGAUUACUACCAGUACCAGUCGCCGGUCAGCAGCUACUACCAGCUGCAGACCGGCUACUACUCGCCACAGAGCUCCGAUCGCGGCUUUCCAGGUGUGCAGAGGUACGG